AUGCACCGAGUGGCGCGAGUUGUGCACCCAUUUCGGCGCGGGCUGCACAGUGCACACGCACAAAGUGUGACAGACUCUUCUGAUCCGCGCGAAGCACCGAUGGUGCCAGAGCGUGUGCGCCUGGCGGCGCUGCGCUCUAGACUGGCGGCAGAAGAGGGCAUGGUCAUUGACAAGCUUGUAGAGUCCAAACCGGCCACCCGCAUCCAGCUUGGCCGCGUCAAUGAUACGCGUCUUCCCUCAUACAUGAAGACGCAGAUUCCAAAAGGUACCAGCUUUGGGCGGAUAAAGCGCGACCUGCGAGGGUUGAAGCUAGCCACAGUGUGUGAAGAAGCGCGAUGCCCCAAUAUUGGCGAAUGCUGGGGUGGCGAUGGCGGCAAAGAGCGUGCGACGGCGACUAUCAUGCUUAUGGGAGAUACCUGCACGCGUGCAUGUCGCUUUUGUGCGGUCAAGACGAGCCGCGCGCCCGCGCCAUUGGACCCUCACGAGCCAGAAAACACGGCCGAGGCAAUCUCGCGCUGGGGCCUGGGCUACAUUGUGCUCACCAGUGUCGACCGAGACGAUAUUGCGGAUGGCGGUGCGAAGCAUAUUGCGCUGACUAUAUCGAAAAUCAAGCAGAAAGCACCGCAUAUCCUUGUCGAGGCGCUUGUGCCGGACUUUAGCGGCGAGGCGGACCAUGUUCAGCAGGUCGCCCUGAGCGGCCUCGACGUGUACGCACACAACGUAGAGACGGUCGAGCGCACCACUCCCAUGGUCCGCGACCGGCGUGCCAAGUACCGCCAGAGCCUUGCGAUGCUAGCGCAUGCAAAGCAUGUGAAACCGUCGCUUGUGACUAAAACGAGCAUCAUGCUUGGGUGCGGCGAGGCGGAUCAUGAAGUGGAGCAGACACUGUGCGAAUUGCGUGACGCGGACGUGGACGUAGUCACGUUUGGACAGUACAUGCGGCCAACAAAGCGGCACAUGAAAGUGUCUGAAUACGUCGCGCCUGAAAAGUUCGCCAUGUGGCAGGAGCGAGCGGAGGCGAUGGGGUUCCUGUACGUUGCAAGUGGGCCGCUUGUGCGCAGCAGCUACAAAGCUGGCGAGUUCUUUAUCAAGAAUGUGAUUGAGCGGCGCCGCGGUGCAGGCACUCCGAUUGACACGCCUGUCGUAUCCGCGAUGCGUACAGCGACGCACAUAAUGUAA